CCGAGUACGAGCGGAUUUUACUCUUUUCGGGCAUCGUCGCCUCCUGGUCCUCGGUGCGUUGCUGCUCCUCCUCCGCGCGCCGCUACGGCGAGGUCCGUCCGGCGGCAGCGGCGCCGCCAUCAGAAGCGGAUCGCUCUCCGGUACGGUACGGUUUCCAAAGUCACUGGCAUCAUACGCGCCAUCGAAGACGUCGGUACGGUCGUGUACGGCGGUGUCUCCUUCCCGCAAACAUGGAGUACGAGAACAAGCACGUUCUCGCUCCCAUGGUUCGAGUCGGGACGCUGCCUCUCAGGUUGCUUGCUGCUCAGUAUGGUGCGGAUAUAACGUACGGGGAGGAGAUCAUUGACCACAAAUUCCUCAAAUGCGAGCGGAGAAUGAACGAGCACAUUGGUUCAACAGAUUUUGUGGAGAAAGGAACAGAGAAUGUUGUUUUUAGAACCUGCAAGCAAGAACAGGAUCGGGUAGUCUUUCAAAUGGGUACUUCUGAUGCUGUGAGGGCUCUACGUGCUGCAGAAAUGGUGUGUAAAGAUGUUGCGGCGGUAGAUAUUAAUAUGGGAUGCCCAAAGUCAUUUUCUUUGAGUGGAGGCAUGGGAGCUGCACUACUGAAUAAACCAGAGCUCAUUCAUGAUAUUUUGACUACCUUGAAGAGGAAUAUGGACACACCAGUUACAUGUAAGAUUCGACUUCUCGAGCAUUCUCCCGAUACGGUAGAACUAGCAAGGAGAAUUGAAAAAACAGGUGUCUCUGCGCUUGCUGUUCAUGGAAGAAAUUGCAGAAGAGUAUCAGAUCGACCGAGAGAUCCUGCUAAAUGGGAUGAGAUUGCUGAUAUUGUUGCAGCCCUAUCUAUUCCAGUUAUAGCAAAUGGUGAUGUCUUUGAGUAUGAUGAUUUCCAGCAUAUCAAAGUUGCAACAGGUGCCUCGUCAGUGAUGGUUGCACGGGGAGCUUUGUGGAAUGCUUCUAUUUUCUCUCCUGAAGGAAAAGUGCCAUGGGAAGAUGUCAAAAGGGAAUAUAUUAGGAAGAGCAUCUUGUGGGACAAUGAUGUUAAAAGCACAAAGCACACACUGAAGGAAAUGAUAAUGCAUUAUUCAUGCCUUGAGCUGCCCGAGGGGAAGGCUGUGAUCAAGUCAGACACGCUGGCUGACUUAGCGCGACUCUAUGGGGAGGAGGAGUACUACCAACACGUUAACAAAACCAGGUUCCAGGUUGAAGUUGACUAGUUCUUGUGGUCCGACAUGCGGUCUUGCUCUUUUGCUCUAGUUCAAUCCAAUAUUUGGGAUGCCAAGCAACCAUUAGCAUUUUUCUGGAUCGCACUGCAAAACGCUGGCUGAACACCAUUCGGGAGACAUGAUUCAUAGUGUUUGUUGAUGCUGGUAAAAGGUUAUUUCAUUUGCAAUUUGUGUGAGUAUGACCCGAUUGCUGUUUUGAAAAUCAGCAUGUAGUCAGAAAAAUGGAGGAUUGGCCCAUAAAGCUUAGCAGCCAAAUGGAAGCUCAAUUGGUUCUUGUAGAUAAUGGCGAUCAACACCAAAGGAACACAAAUUAAAGUGAAUUAACAGUUUCUUUGUUGUCCAUGACUGCCAAACGAUUAUGCAGCUGAAGUUUGUGUGCUUCAAGUCGGUCACAUGUUUUCGCAUUGCAAUUCUUGUUCGAUGUAAUUGGCAGCAUCUACAUUUUGUUGUUGUGUGUUCUUUUUCUCCAAUUGCAGCAUUGAAAGAUGAGCGGUAUCAGGGCCCAGAAUCCUAGCUCGAGCUCUUGUUGCUGUGAUCCACGGCAUUUUCGCUCGACGGAGCUUGCGCUGCCGAGGAAGCACUUAGGAUUGGCGUAGCAAGGGUUUCUCCAACCCUCCAUCAAUCAUUAGCCAAAAAUCUUGGGAGUUUGUCUAUUGUCCCGCCCUGCUGGAUGUGCCCUAUGCCCUUUAGCCUUUUCUUCUCUUUGGUUUGCAAUCGAAUCAUUUCUCUGUCGGGCAUCGGCCUGGGCCUUUAAUCUUUUAGCUUUCGAGUUUUUAUAUGCGCCUUUACCAUUUGUACAAGUUCCAUUAUCAUAUAAAUGCUACGUCCGGAUCUAUCCAGUGC